UUACGCCUGUUUUUUUUUUGGAAUUUAUGAUCGAAUUGUUGUUGAUGUGUGGCUGCAAAGUGGAAAAGGCUUGUUAAAUUUUAGUCAUCUGUGUUUGAUACAUGUUUGUAUGUACACGAAUCGUUUUAGGAAUUUGUUUAAUACCAUAUGUGGAUUUAGCCCUUAAAGAGUUUGCAAGUGUAAAUAACAGUGUAAAAAAUUUGGUCGAGAGCAAUUGGGAGGAGUUAGUGUUGGUUUAGGGAGUAGCGAUGACAAGAUGUUUUCUCGUACAGUGUCGUAAUGACUGAUGUCGUGGUGAUAAAGGUUGGAAGGCUCUCCUCCAUAUUGCAGUUUCUUAGAGACCAUUACUCCCACAACUUUUUUGAACAUGCUAGCAACUGAGUGCUUCUUGCCCUUUACAUGCCAAGGUAUCACAAUCCUUCCAACUACACUAUUUGGUUUCUAUUCUUUGCAUCUGUUACUGUGUAUGGUUCUAUAAUAGUUCAAGAUAUAAAACUGUGGAACACAAAUUAGAGUGUCUUGUCAUCGUUUGAAUCGGCGUCUGUGAGACUAUGGAAGUCUCUUGUUACUAAAUUCAAUUCUUCACGAUUGGUGCAUGGAAUAUUUUGACAAGGCCACUACUUUUCAGGAUGCAUGAGGUAAGCUGCUUCGUACAUCCAUGAUCUAUGAAUUCCAUAUACUUGUCCUUAUUUUCAUUCAGGUUAUCUGUUCAGCUGGUGUGCCUAUGCUGCCAUCUCUAAUUGCUUGUAAUAUUUGGUAUUUUUUUCUCAUUCAUGCAGGAAUCCUUCGUUAUGCCCCUCCUCCGUAUCCAUCAAUGCUUCGACCUGCAUAUCCUCAACGACCACUUGGAGCAGUGGGAGUCAUUCCAGCAUUGCCACGCCCUCCAAUGAUGCCUAUGCGAGGUCCAGUGGUUCCUACAAUUGUAAGGCCAGCCAUCAAUCCAACCAUAACUCCAACUGAAAAGCCGAUGAACAUGGUUUAUGUUGGCAAGAUAGCAUCAACGGUGGACAAUGAUUUCAUGCUCUCCCUUUUGCAACUCUGCGGGCCUGUUAAAAGUUGGAAACGUGUUCAAGAUACUGGGGGUUUCAAGGGCUUUGGAUUUUGUGAAUUUGAAUCCCCUGAAGGAGUUUUACGUGCUUUACGGAUGCUGAAUAAAUUAAGUAUUGAUGGUCAGGAGCUGAUGUUGAAUUUUGAUCAUGCAACCCGAAAGUAUCUUAAACUCUAUGUUGAGAAGAAAAAGGACAACUUCAAGAAUCUGAAAGCAACGGAUACUGAAGGUUCGGGUAAAGGGGAAGGAAAUGCAUCCGGGCUUGAGAAGAACGAACCUUCAGAGUCUUCUGUGGAGGAAUCGAAGGAUAUUUCAAAGGAAGAGAAAAAGGAAGAUGAUAACAAUGAAUCAAACAAAGAAAUUAAGGACAUUGCUACCUUUGGCCUUGUGACUAAUGAAGAUAAGGAAGCUGAUAGAGAAGCUAGUGAAAAGAUUACAGGAAUGAUAGAAGAGAGGAUAAAGAAUAAACCUCUACCACCUCCGCCUUCACCCCCACAAACUGCUCCUGAUGUUCCUGGAAAUUCAACAUCUGAACAUCCAGCAAGGUCGAGAGAUGGCGAUUCAGAUGUGGAUAUUACGAGAACUGUGGAAGAUAGAAAUGGUGAAGAAAUGACCAGCAAAAGCAAACCUUCAGGUGAAAAUGAGAGACCUGAAACAAGCUCACCGGACCGAAGUAAUAAGAAUGAUAGGAGGAGCAAAGACCGAGAGCGAGACCUGAAGCGUGAAAAGGAAAGGGAAUUGGAAAGAUAUGAAAGAGAGAGGGAGCAAGAACGAGCUAAGAGAGAGAGGGAAAGAGAAUACAAGAUACGUGAAGAUGAACGCCGAUACAGGGCACGCCUGAAGGAGUGGGAAUCUAGAGAAAAAGAGAAAGAGAGGGCACGCAAACAGGAGAGAGAAAGGGAAAAGGAUAGGGAACAAGAUAGGAAAUAUGAGAUAUUGGAUCAAGAAAAUGAUGAUGGUUAUAGCAAAAAGAGAAAAUACAGAAGUAGUGGGGAGGAAAGAGAAGAAAGAAAACGCAGGCUAAGGGAAAAGGAGGAAGACAUGGAUGACAGGAUUAAAGAGGAGGAGGAGAUUGCUGAGGCUAAGAGGAAAGCUGAAGAAGAAAGAGAGCAGCAGAAAGAACAACAAAAACAUGCCUUGGAACUUUUAUCUAGUAAUGCAACUAAUGGAGCUGAGAAUGCUAUGUUAAUUGAUGGAGGCUUGUUGGAUAUCAGAAAUAAGGCUGUUGAUCAGACUACAGAUGGUGAGGUGGCACAUGGGAACGAGAUUGAUAGUAGGAUUAUACAGAAUGGAACUGGUGAUGAUUCAGCUGUGGGAUCUGCUGCAGCAUCAGAAAUGAGGCAAAGCAACACCGUCACCACAAAAAAAUUAGGAUUUGGUCUUGUAGGCUCAGGAAAAAGAACUACUGUUCCUUCUCUUUUCCACGAAGAGGAAGAUGAGGAUGCACAGAAGGACAAAAAGAUGCGGCCUUUGGUUCCUAUAGAUUACACAACGGAGGAAUUGCAAGCUGUGCAAGACACAGCUCCUGUCGCACCUUCACCUUUGGCGGCAGCAGCUGAAUUUGCAAAACGAAUUGGAAAUGCAAAUUCAAAAGAAGAGAGACCUGAUUCAGAAAGGGAACGGAGUAGACGUUCCCAUGAUAGGUCUAGCCAUCGGGAUAGAGAUCGGAAUUUUGAGGAGGCUAACCGGUCCAGAGAUGAAACCAGAAAAGAACCAAUCGAGCGUGAGCGUGGAUCAGAGAAAGCAAAGACACCGGAUAAUAAGAAGCUUUUGGAUGCAAAACAAUUAAUUGACACCAUUCCAAAAACCAAGGACGAAUUGUUCUCUUAUCCGAUAAACUGGGCAACUUAUGACAAGAAUGGAUUGCAUGAAAGGAUGAGACCAUGGAUCUCGAAGAAGAUAACAGAGUUUUUGGGUGAGGAGGAGACGACUCUGGUAGAUUACAUCGUGUCGAGCACUCAAGAACACGUGACAGCAGAUGAGAUGCUGGAUCGGCUUCAGUCUAUACUGGACGACGAAGCUGAAAUGUUUGUGCUUAAAAUGUGGAGGAUGCUGAUUUUUGAAAUCAAGAAAGUGGAGACUGGGCUUGCUGGAAGAUCCAAAACUUGAUUGUUGUCACUGUGGUAUUACUGUUACUAUUAUUAUUAUGGGGUCUUGUUAUAAUAGCAUAUUAGCAGCAUAUUUCUUUCAACAACAUUUUUUUUUGAUAAGUCAAUCUUAGAUCAAGGUAUUAUGCACUAAUUUCUCCUGAA